GAGGCACUAGCCUCUCUCCAUAGAAACUGUAGUGGAAGAAUGAUGACAACCCUAAAUUAUUAUUUUUUUUAUAAUAAAACCAAAAGCCAAAAAGGUAAAAGAAAGAGGAAGAUAGAGGGUUAAUAGAACCCUAGCUAGAAAAUAUCAUGAAUGCAGCCAGCUAUUGAUGAUCAUCUCCACCUAUAAAUACAACUUCUCAUUACUCAUAUUGUCAUUCCUCACCUUUUGUUUGAUUUUUGCAAUAAACUCUCUUCUUAGUUUUUGUGCUGAAACACAGACAUGGAUUCUAAAAAAUUGCUCUUUCAGUUAACGUUUCUCUGUAGUGCGAUUUUCGCUUACUUUCCAACAAUCUGCUACGGAGACUACUAUGCCUCUAGAGCUACCUAUUAUGGUAGCCCUGAAUGCAAAGGAAACCCUACUGGUGCUUGUGGAUAUGGGGAGUACGGAAGAACGGUAAAUGAUGGCCAAGUUACUGGUGUUUCAAGGCUUUACCGCGGUGGCGCUGGCUGUGGUGCAUGCUAUCAGGUGAAAUGCACAGUUCCGGGACUUUGCUCCGACGAGGGAGCCACGGUAGUGGUGACGGACUACGGCGAGGGAGACCGGACGGAUUUCAUUCUAAGUACCGCCGCCUAUGCCAAAUUAGCCCGUCCGGCUUUAGCCGACAAGCUCUUCGCGUACGGAGUUGUCGACGUAACUUUCGCCAGAAUCCCUUGUAAAUAUAACUACAACCUUCAAUUCCAAGUGGUGGGAAAGAGCAAGAACCCUGGUUACUUAGCUAUUGUACCCUUGUACCAACCUGGUGCUUAUGAAAUUGUAGCCGUUCAAGUUUGGCAGGUAAAUUAUACGAUUAAUAGGGAUAAUUAAUGAUCACACUCAAAUAAUUCCAUAAUUAAUUGGUCUAACGACGAUUAAUUAUGAAACUUGUACUACAUCAGUCCAAAAAAAAAAAAAGAAAAAAAAGACCACAUUGAAUUUUGGGAUUUGUGGUGGUUUUAGUAUAUUUUAAAACUCAAUAUGAACUGUAUUUUUUUUUUGGGUCAGAGGGAGCCGUAUUUAAAGUAAUUUAUUUUAAUAGAUUGAGAACAAAUCAUGAGAAGUGGUUCAUUUAUCGACAUUAAUUUUAUUUUAUUUUUAAAUCCAUUGUACUUCACCUUUCAAUUAGGCUUUCAAGUAGUGGAGUGCAUGAUCAUAGCUUUGUCAUCACUAACAUUAUAUGUUUUUGUUCCUUUUUUUUUUGUGGUGGUUGGUUAGGAGGAUUGUAAGGAAUGGAGGCCAAUGCGUAGGGUCUAUGGGGCAGUAUUUGAUCUUGAAAAUCCGCCAUAUGGAAUUGCAAUUACCUUGAGGUACCAAGCUAGGGUUUAUGGCUACGGAGAUGCUAACUCAUGGGUUCAGCUUAACGCUGUGAUCCCAAGUGAUUGGAAGGUUGGAGUUACAUAUGACACUGGCAUUUCCACCUGAGCCAAGACUCAAUAUUUAACAAUCAUUUUUCAGGAAAUAAAUUAAGCUCAGAUUUGCUUUUUGGAUCCUGAUGAUGAUAGUGAUAUAUUGUGUCUUCUUUUGGAGCAAUAUAUAUAUUUUGUACGUUGCUCAAAUAUGUUGUGUUUUAGCGUGAGAUAAAUAUGUUCUAGCAUUAUAGUUUUUAUAUUAUAUAUGGAAGGGAUUUCAAGGAGUACUAGGCUCCAAGUUUUUUUUUCCCCCUUUUUUUCAGUCAUACUCUGUCGUUAGGGACGAGGAAUAAAACAUAGGGAUUAUAUGAUGUAACUUUGGUCAAUAAUAUUAUGGAAUUGAUCCUUAUAAUGUGUUAAGAAUUGUUGUG